AUUAUGCAAGAGAGAUCAAAUGAUUACUUGACUUCAUUCACACUGGCCCAAACUCCAAUUAUCUGUCUUGCUCGUGGAAGGUAUCAUAUCUCGUCACAAGUUGCGAUUCAAUUAAAGCAAGCAAACAAGCAAGAAAGGCAAAGCUGUAUCGCUCGCGCAUCCAUUCAUUCGUUCUUAAAAGAAACAAGCGAGCAACUAUACAAGCAAGACGGAACAAGAAGCAACGGCAAGGCAAUAAGAAGAGAUUACUUAAAGCGAAGAGAGUACUUAAGGGUUCGGAAAGGAAGCAAUGCUCGGUUGUUAGUAAGGAAAGGUGCUGAAAGCCAGUUUGUUUCAUCUCUUAUAUAUUCUGUUAUAGCUCCCAUUCUUUAAUAAGUUCCGUAUUCUGCUACUAUUCUGGAAUAAUAUUUAUAUGAUAUGCGAUCUAGAUGAAUUAACUUAUUAAUAUCAUAUGCGAUUGAUUUCAAUGAAAUUCCUGGCCUGGGCGCGCUGCCCUACUUGCCCUACUGCUCGACAAAGUAUCAAGUUGCCUUUUUUGGGGCCCAGACUUAUUGUUAAUGGUUGCUUCAGCAGUAGAAAGUUGCUUCGACCCCGGUGAAGUAGCUCCCUAACGCUAAUAACUCAACAAACAAAAAGCAAUGGCAACAUUGCGCUAACGUGAGUUUGCCGGCGAAGCAAUACUGGAAGAAAAUCAUACCUAUACAUAGUAUACUUACCCCAACCUAGCCUGCCAGUCUAACAUUUCUUAACAAAAGAGAGAGCAUUGCUAAAAUGAGCAUAUCUUAGCUCUUAAGUGUUUGCUUUCUUUCAUUUCAUAAUAAAGUGGAUGGAAUUCAAUCUUACUUGAGCCAGGUAAGGGUAAGCGAAAGAAGGGGGGAGUAACACAGUGUUGGUUGUUAAUAUCUUAUAUGUUAUGAUAGCUAUCUUCCAGCACAGGAUAGGGAGGAAAUAAUGAGUGUUUUUACUUUUCAAUAGAUUCUUUCAUUAGAUAGAAUUAUCCUAUUUUGGAAUAUAAGAGCAAAAGACAAGCAUAUUGUGGAAUAUAAGAGCAAAAGAAAAGUCAUCAAUCAUAAGAAAUAGAUUCCCGCCUCGCCUGUGCUUCGUAUCAUAAGAAUUGGCGCUUGCUUUCUUAUCCAGUGCUUCGUAUCUGAUCGCGCUAUAGGGGAUUCGGUACCGCAAUAAUAGGUCUUUCUGUCUGCCUAACAAAAGAGAAAUGGCCGUAAGUCUACUUAGUUCAUUCAUGCUCAUAAGAUUCUACAAGGGCCAAGCAACUAAGCGCCAAGCAACUACGCAAGUCCUGUAUACUUGACUGGUAAGAAAGAGCUGCUGUUAAGAACUGGAACACUUGUGUAUGUACUAUUACCUUCUCUUAGCGUGCACAGUUGCAUGCUGCCUUAGGCAUAUAUCUCUUUCUUAGUUUGUUUCAAGCUUUCCUUAUAAGUUAGUUAGUUUCUUCCUUAUAAGUAAUAUAUCUCUUUCUUAGUUUGUUUCAAGCUUUCCUUAGAAGUUAGUUAGUUUCUUCCUUAUAAGUAAUAUAUCUCUUUCUUAGUUUGUUUCAAGCUUUCCUUAGAAAGUUAGUGUUUAGUAAUGAAUAAAUGUUGUGUAUGUUUCGUCUAUAAGCAAUUCUUUUGUAGUAACACGGAAAGGCAGGCAACUCUUACACCCUAACUCGUGGAAAGUGAGGCCCGCUCGGGCGGCUUCUUAUUGGAUUCCUAGUGUCUACUUUCACUGGUCAAUCAAUCUUUCUUUAUUUCGUCAUGGCACUAAAGAAUCGAUAAAGUAUGUUAGCAUGCAUCACUCAUUACUAUUCGGUACUAAAGGAGAUGGAAAAGCCAGUAUCCGCAGAGCCAGCCUAUAAAGUAGAGUAGGUCCCCUGUAGCAGAUGGAAAUCCAAUGCUAAAGUAAGUGGUGACUUCAGCUGCUAAAUAGGCACAUAUAGUUAACAAGUAAUGUACUUCGGGUGGGAGAGCAUAUAUUCAUUCGGUACUCUCAAGGUCCAAUUGGCAUUCAAAGAGGUUCAUCGCCUCACUUCUCCAAGCGCCGGAUAUUAGGAUAUUUAGUACUCUGAUUUGAGUACUCUGAUUUGGAUUAGGUUAGGAACCAUUUGCUGUUACCUGCAUUGCGAAUUCUUAGGCUAGGUUCCCGUCCCCACUUUCUCCAUUUUAGGGUUAGGGUCCAAGCAACUAGGCGUGGAAAGCAUAUCCCUUACUCGCAUUCGCCUAAUCGAGCAGAAGGCCACUCGGUGAUCAUCCUAUAACUGGCUAGAGUGAGUGUCACAUUACCUAUAACAGGCUAGUUUGAAUGCAGUAAUUAAGGGCACAGGUUUCUAUGGUUCUAUUUAGUCCUGAUUGAUGAGGGUUGUCAAAGACCGGAUCUUUGCACUUCGCAACCCUAUCAGAGUAUGUGCUUAGUGCAAGGCCUCAUAGAAGUUAUAGGUAAUGUAGUAAUACGAGCUCCGGCCCUCAUCUCAUACAAAAUCAACAAGUUAAUGGAUGUUCCCAGUAUUUUCUUGGACCCGAUCACUUUCACCUUUGAUAGAUCAUGGCGGUUUAGUUGGUUUGGGAAGUUUAGUUGAGACUGGGCACGUGCGUCAUCAAAAUGGAAAAGGUAAAGAAGAGAUGGAGGCUCGAAGAGAGGAGAGCCAUUUGCAUCGACCGCUCCUGACGCCAUGAAUACCAAUAACAGUACAAGUAUGGAUCGCCUCUAUAUUGUGUGGGUGUUUCUACUAUUUCUUCAAGCUAUGGAAAAUAAUGCGUAUUGUAUGCCAUUCUCCCAUCAUACUUUCGUUGGAAAACCCAACGCCAAGUCAAACAAUUUGUCUCCUUUCACUUUUCGGGAGCAGAGCAGUAAAAGAAUAGCAAUUCUCAAUAAUGGAAGAGUUCUUCUGGGGAUGUGACAUAUAUCAAACCAAGGAAAUACAAAGUAAGCAAAUAGACGCUACAAUACUCAUGGAAAAAAUCGACUAUAAGAAUGACUUACUAAUGGAUAAAAUACACUAUCAAAAUGAUGAAGUACAAAGUGAGCAAAUAUACUCUCUUCCCCAUUUGAAGGAAAUAACAAGAUUGAGUGCGGAAAUGAGGAUACAGGACUGCAACAGCUUAAGCCCACUUGAGCAAUUUACCAUUCACCCAUUAAUUCUGAUUCGUGGGGGCAACUAUUAUUUCUCAUUCACAAAUCCAUCCUUGUCUCUGCUGCUCACUCUCGGUUUGGUCCUACUUCUGCUUUUUUUGGUUACGAAAAAGGGAGGGGGAAAGUCAGUGCCAAAUGCUUGGCAAUCCUUGGUAGAGCUUCUUUAUGAUUUCGUGCUUAACCCAGUAAACGAACAAAUAGGUGGUCGAAAUGUGAACCAAAAGUUUUUCCCUUGCAUCUCGGUCACUUUGACUUUUUCGUUAUUUUGUAAUCCCCAGGGUAUGAUACCCUAUAGUUUCACAGUUACAAGUCAUUUUCUCAUUACUUUGACUCUAUCAUUUUCUCUUGUUAUAGGCAUUACGAUCGUUGGAUUUCAAAGACAUGGGCUUCAUUUUUUGAGCUUCUCAUUACCAGCAGGAGUCCCACUACCGUUAGCACCUUUUUUAGUACUCCUUGAGCUAAUCCCUCAUUGUUUUCGUGCAUUAAGCUCAGGAAUACGUUUAUUUGCUAAUAUGAUGGCCGGUCAUAGUUCAGUGAAGAUUUUAAGUGGGUCUGCUUGGACUAUACUAUUAUUGAAUAAUGUAUUCUAUUUCAUAGGAGAUCCUGGUCCUUUCUUUAUAGUUCUUGCAUUAACCGGUCCGGAAUUAGGUGUAGCUAUAUUACAAGCUCAUGUUUCUACGAUCUCAAUCUGUAUUUACUUGAAUGAUGCUACAAAUCUCCAUCAAUAUUAGUUCUUUCAUAAUUGAAUCAAAAUGAGGAGCCGGGCAA